UUCGAGAGCACACUACUUGUGUGGAGUCGAAAGAAGAUUCAAGAGGACAGCAGGAGCGGCAACUCGCAGAAGCCAUGGAAACGAACUUCACCUCGUCCAUCUUCUCCCAGAACAGCUCCAAACUUCCAGAUGACACCGUUUUCUACGCCAUAUUCCCUGACUUCUCCCUCCCCGUUUCCAAGUCUCCGAACCCUAACAUCACCUCACUCCUCCAAUCUCUCCACCUACAAAUCCUCACCACCAUCUCCCCUCACACCACCCACUACAUCUGGCAGCACGAACCCUUUACCCUCUCUCUUUCCUCCCCCUCCUCCACUAUUCCUCACCUCCAAGCCAAACUCCGGUUCGGCGACAAUCUCGACGACGAGUGGUUCGUCGUCUUCCUCCUCUUCCAAAUCUCCCUCGCUUUCCCUUCUCUUUCAAUCCGUGUCUGGGAUACCGACGGCGAGUUUCUCCUUAUUGAAGCCGCGUUUCACCUCCCUCGUUGGAUCAAUCCCGAGAACAGCGUCAAUCGGGUUUUUAUCCGGCGUGGUGAGCUCCACAUAGUUCCCAAAUCCCGGUUAUCGAGUCCGAGUUUUCUUGAUUCUUUACAGUUUUUGGUCAAUUGUGGUGAGGAAUCGAAAGCUUCAGAGUCAGUACAGUUGGCAUUGAGGAAUCGAUUGUCGCAGUAUCCAGAGCGGGCUAGGAGGAAUGUGCAUCGGGUUAGGGUUAGGGUUCCGGUAUCGGUAGCUCAAGUGUUGAAGCAUGAACCGUGCUUGAUAUCGCUGGCCGUGGAGGGAUUCUACGACCGCGACAUUGAUUCAAUGAAGUACGCGGCAAAAAUGGAGAAGUUUCUGAGUAAGGGUACUGCAGAAGAACUUGUUCUAGUAUCAGUGGCAAUGUCGCGGGCUAUGUAUGCGCAAUUGGUGCAGCAGACAUUUCAGGCGCCCAAGUGUUAUCCCAUGCCUAAUAGGAGUGACGCCAAUGUUUAUAUGGAAGCGGAAGUGGGGAUGAAAAUAGCAUGUGGGUUCGAGAUGAUGUAUCAGCAGCGACUGCGGCAGGGAUUGGAAGGGAAGGGGAGUACAUGGGAUGCAUUUAAGGAGAGCUUGGAGAGAAGUGGGUAUUUUGAGGGCCUCCUUCCUGGGUCGAAAGAGUACAGACGACUGAUGGAGAAUGCUGAAGAGUAUUACAGAAAGAGUUCUUUGUUUUCGAGAGCCAGUGAAAUGAUGAGUGCUCCAGUAAGACGCAUGGAUGAAAUUCUUGCUUUACCCCAUUCUACUGAUGAUUUUAAGGGUCAACAGAUUCCUCCUUCAGAUGAUGAUUCUUGGCUCUAUAAUGGGGAGGAUGAGUUGAACUCUGCUCUUCAAGAAAGACAAAAGGAGAUGGAACUUUAUGAUUUGAAACAAAAGAAGAAACAAAAGUCUGAACCGGAUCAGGAUGCUGGUCCUUCAUCUGGUUCAAAUUUGGAUGAUUUUGACCUGGGCAAUAUAUCAAAGACUAUGCAGGCAUUUGUGCAUGAGAUGUCAACCUAUGAAGGAGCAGAGGUUCCUGAAAACAGGGACCUAAAAGCAGUGGAGCUUGAUGUGGACCGUUUUAUUAAAGACAUGGAAUCAGUAAUGAGGCGUCCAGUUCAUGAAGAUGACACUGCUGAUGUUGACUCUGAAGAAGGCUCAUCAUCUGACAUGGAUUUUGAUGAAUCUGAAGAUGAUAGCAAUGUAGCAGAACCAUCUGGAGAUAAGGAUGAGGGAGAAGAUAUAUUUAUGCAAUCAUAUUCCGAUGCUCUGAAUGAGGAACUGAAGUCCUCCACACUCAAGAAAAGUUUUGUUCGUGCAAAUGAACAACCCAAUAAUAGAAAUGAGGGAACAUCAAAUGCCACCGAAGACAUGGAUGAUGAGUUCACUCCAGUCGAUGUGGAUGUGAACCUUGUGAAGAGCUUUCUUGAUUCCUUUGCAUCCCAACAAGGACUUCCUGGUCCUGCAUCGAAUUUGCUGGGACUCAUGGGGGUACAGCUUCCACAAGAUGCUGGCAAGAACAAAUGAAACCAUCUCAUGUUGUCAGAUUGUCAUAUAUUUUGACUCUUUCAUCCAUAGGGUUUUACAGUCUCCUAUGAGGUAACCCUUCUGCUCCAACUUUCAAGGGAGAUUGUACCUAUAUGAGAUUUUAUUUUAUUUUUUAUUUUUGGUUUUUGAGUGGGUGUUGUGCUUGGCCUCCAGUGCCUAGUUACUUGAGGUGUAAUAUAAAAAGAUGGUGAAUGGGGUGUGAAAUUUUAAUGUCCACUGAUCUCCUAAUCUUCACCAAUCAAUUAAAAUGGUGGAAUGAUUUAUUCAGACAGGUUAUGUGGUAAGAAGUCUCAGGAUCUUUUGUAAAUUUGUAACGGAGGAGAAACAUGAGGAAGGUCAAACGGACUCCAGUACAAAGUUCAAACAAUAGCGGGGCUCCUGGCCGCGGAGUUCAAGAGUUACAAGAUUCUGGAAUGAAAACAGAAGCGCCAUUGAGGUUGUUGUUCUAAGUACAGUCCAUCCCAUCCAUAGAGCAGGCACUGUCAAGGCUUGCAUAUGAAUCUAGAUAGUGCUAUCCUUUGAACUGCUUUGUCUUUCAAUGUACUUAUUUCAACUGGGUUUGUGCAUAAUUUACCUCCAAUUACUUGUAAUUUGUACAAUAGCAUGGACCAUGUCUCAUUUGAUACGAGAAGAAUAUGAAAAAGGUUGUUUUAUUUCUAA